AUGAAAAAUUAGUUGAUAUAAUUAACAUUAUAAUAAUAAAUGAAAAUUAAAUCGAUUAUUCUAAAAAUUCUAUAUAAAUAAUCAACAAAGACUAAUAAAACAAAGAAAAAUACAUAAAUUUAUUCAAUUAAAAUUUCUACGAACUUUACUUAAUAAUAGGAUUAGCAAACAAAUUUUCGCAAUAGCUAAGUUUUAGUUUUUCUUCUCCAGAAAAGUUAGUUUCUAUAUAUGAAUUAUGUUUUAAAUUUAUCACAAUAUGUUUAAAAUUUCAAUAAAUAGAUAAAUUACCUAUAGCAAUUAUUUUUUAUUUAAAGCUAGUAAGAUAGAGGAGAUAAAAAGCAUUUGAUUAAGUUGUAAAAGAAUAAUCAAGAAAAGUUUUCGAAAGUACAUUUAAUUUAUUGGAAAAGCAUAUAGAGAAAUUCAGUCUUUGCGAAAUUCUCGAUUUUUGUUUGA